AUGGAGAACUUUUCUUUUGAUCAUGCAGUGUUCGUGAGUGAAUCCCUGUCAGCAUCCAGUAGUUCUAAAGUGCUCAUUUCAGUUUCAUACAUCGCAAGAGACAUCAGCUGGCUUCUCGACAGUACUCAGAAACUGGAGACUUCAAGUAUGCCUUUCCAAGAGGCUGCGGCUGCUCGUCCCCGUAUUAUAUUGAGCCACCUCGCAUCUGGGAGACCUAUUACUGUUGGUUCAAAGGACUGCCAGUUGGCGGCGCGCGCCUCGCGAGGUCACUCACAGGACGGGCCCUUACGAAUUCAUCAGAGGCGCCACUGUGUCCGCUACAAAGGCGCGCCUCCGCGCGUUCCAGCAGGGGCCUCGGGCUGUCCCAGGCGCUUCCCGCUGUCACAGCUCGUCACCGCGCGGCCAGAAAGAGCCACGUCCGCAGCCGGCCGACACAAUCUCUCGCAGAAAUUGCUUCCGGCGGCGGCGCCGACAAAGAGCCGAAUGGACGGCGCGCCUCUGACGGCCGGUGGCUCUGCUGACCGAGCGGCGCGCCGCAAAGUGUCGCAUUGUCCGCCACCGCUGCCGCCGCCGCCGCUGCCGCCGCCGCCGUCUUCUGCCCGUCCGGAGCCUUUUGUGCGCCCCGGAUGGAAAUACCCUCAUUGCCGGGAGCCCUCGAGAUAA